AUGGAGGUGUCUCGCUGGCCGUUUGGAGGGUUGGAUGGCGAUAGCAUGCUGUCGACCUUUGGGCACUUUGCAUCCUCCCAGGCGGCCUUUUUUCUGGGCGCGCACGGUGCAACGCGCCUGUCUCUGAAAAACGCGCCCGAAAUCCUCGCCGCCUCUCUUUCUCGCACCAUCUGUACACGUUUUGCAAGGAUGCCCGAGGAGACGCUGAGCUUCCCACCGCUCUACUGCGUGGUGGGCGCGUAUCGACUGCUGCACGAUGCGUCGCUCUGGCGACCGAUGUGGGCGAAAUGCUCCUCGGCCGCCAAACAGGCCGGUCUUGCGGGCAUGGUAUGGGCGCUCUUGACCUGGCCGAUCCAACGGCUCUUUGUGCGCUACUUUAUGUCCGCCUCCGCCUCCGUCACCGGCUUCUCCGCUCUGUACACCAGCAUCGUCCACACCGCAGACGUCACCGACGACAGUCUGCCCUUCACAAUCCCCCUACCCUCGCUACAAACAUUCGCCACUUUGAUGUUUGUUUUGGGACAGGUGCAUGCGAUUAUGGAGUUCUGGCUGCGGCGCAAGCUGCGCGAGUGUCGAAACACGGCGUACGUGCAGACGGUGCGUUCGAGGGGCAAACCGGCGGAUUGGUGGGGCGAAUACGUGGAAGAGUUCUCCAACCCUCCGACGCAAAAAGCGAUCAAGGACGCCAAGAAGCAAGGCUGGUACCUCAAGCUCGCCAGUCCGCUCGUGCGAUUCGUCGUGCUCAAGCUGUUUCUGCUGCCGAUCGACUUUGUGCCGUUGUUCGGUAUGGCGCUGGGUGCGGCGCUGCGCUCGCUCUCGUACGGUCGCCAGCUGCACACGGCGCUCUUUGAAGCAAAGCGCAUGUCGCCGCUCCAGAUCGAGCUGUGGAUCACCGAGCGUCAGACGGCGUAUCGCUCGUUCGGCUUUGCAGCCGCGCUGAUGGAGCGCAUCCCCCUCGUCGGCAUGGUCUUUUCGAUCUCCAACCGCAUCGGCGCAGCAAUGUGGGCGCACGACCUCGAAAAGCGUCAACAACGCAUCCGUGCCUCGUCGCUCUCCUCGGAUGCUCAACAACUGCAGGAGUUCAAGACCAAGCCUACGCUCAAGAAGAUCUACAAGCAGGUGCAGGCGGGCGAGGCAGAGGGACAGUUUAAUGGUGAGGGGCUGGCGGUGCUACGCGCGCAUAAGGGGGCGGCGAUGUUUACACAUCUCUCGUUUACGUUUCCGCUCAAACUCAUCAGCCCAGCCGCAAGUUCCCGGAUCGCUUCACUAGCCAGCGCCAAGGCCGUCGCCGCUCUCUACAUUGUCGGCUACGGCGGCGGCUUGGUGUCGGGCGACAGUGUGGAGCUCGACAUGGACGUGGGACAGGGUGCAUGUGCGGUGGUGCUGACACAGGGAAGCACCAAGGUGUUUAAGACCAGAGCCACCGCUCCGACGCGACACGUGAGCACCAUGCACACCGCAGGCCCGGAUGCUACCAGCGCUGCGCGGGUGGGGGUGGGGGUGGGGGGGAUGACAAGACAGGUGUAUCGGUAUCUGAUCCGGGCCGAUGCAACGCUCGUGUUGCUACCGGAUCCAGUGACGUGUUUUGCAGCCGCGAGGUACGACCAGGUGCAGCGAUUUGAUCUUCGCUCGUCCACCUCGUCGCUCGUCAUGCUCGACUGGAUCACUCCCGGUCGCACCGCUGUAUGCCACACUCCCCAUGUGCGCGUUUCGGCGCUCGAUGCGUUUCCCGAAGCGCAGCGCGGGGCGCAGAUGAAGGACUACACCACCCCACCCCGCCUGCCCGAGCGGUGGAAGUUCGACUCGUAUCGAUCGCGCAACGAGGUGCGUCUGCCCAGCCACUCGACUGCGCGCGACGUGCUACUGCUUGAACAGCACGCGGAUCGAGACCACGGCCCCGAGGGGGUAGGAUGGACGGAGCUGGCGAGACGCAACUGUCCCUACGACACGUACGCCACGCUCUUGCUCGCCGGACCCGAUGCGCAACCGCUCAUCGACACGCUCAGCGUCGAGUUCGAGCAGAUCCAGAUCCGACCUGCCAGCGUGCAUCCCGCUGUGGUGUGGUCGCUCAGUGCGGUGGAGGAUGGACCGCCGCAGCUUGUGGUGGUUAGGAUCGCGGCGGCGUCGGCUGCGCAUGUACGCGCGUGGCUGCGUGCGCGUCUGGCGCCGUUGCAAAGCGUCGUGGGUCGAGAUCUGUUGAAACAAGCCAUCUGA